AAAAAAAAAAUGAAAAAUCAUAUACAAAAUUGAUAAUUUUCUUUUUUUAAUUGCUACUUUAUUGUUCGCUCUUCGCUAUCUUAUCGAAAUUGAAAUUUUUUUUACGACUGUGUUGUCACGUAUAAAUUGUAUAUACACAUCUGCCCAGUGUUUCUCUCUUUAAAUGUAUAUUUCUCACUGGACUUGCGUUGUAUAAGUAUUUGUCACACAUAUACUUGAUUGGUAUCAUAAAAUCUUUGCCAUUGGCAAACGCUUACCUUUUACAACAGUCUUAAGAGAGUAAAGAUUAUACAUACUGCUAGUUUUUAGAAAGAAGUAUGCUCUUACAGUUUUUUUCUGCAUAAAAAAAUGUUUCUUAUUUAAUUGUCGAAGAAAAUUAUUUCCAUGCAUUUUCUUUAUUUACAAUUUGGAAAUUAAGUUCUUAUUUUCACUCUUUUUUUCUGUUCAAUGUGCGUGAAUGUGAAAAAUAAGUGUGAACGCAGUUUCUUUGUACGUUUCAAUCUUUAAAUACAGGAAUUGAUAACAAAAUCCAUCGUAAGCAAAAAUAAUAAUUAAUUUAUCGAGACAAAAAAAAUGGAAGGAGACGCAAAACGACCGAACGAAUUGUCGGAUUCGGGAAAUUUGGCUGCGAAUUGGAAUUUAUGGAAAAAGGAAUUUCAAACGUACAUGAAAAUAACAAAGGGAUUUAAAAAACCCGAAGACGAACAAGUGGCAUGGUUGAAGAAUUUUAUUGGACCUGUUGGAUUAAAGGCGUUUGAACAAAUAUCCUUCGACAAUCCAAGGGACGAGGAAAAUAUGUUUAUUGUUAUGGAGAAAUUAAAUCAAUUUUUUCUCUACACGAAAAAUCAAAAAGUACAACGAUAUAAAUUUCUUUCGAAAGUGAAGGAAGAUAACGAAUCAAUUGACGAAUACGCCAAAGAUUUACUGGAAAUGGCAAAGUCUUGCAAUUUCGGUGACCAGUCGAAACUUAUAAUUCUCGAUGCAAUUAUUUUGAAUAUCAAGGAUGAAAAACUUCGUAAUCUUUUAUUCGAGGAACCAGAUUUAACGUUAAAUAAAUUGAAAAAUAUUUACAAAACUUAUGAAUUAGGGAAACAAGAAACUGAGAAUAAAAUUGAGUCGUCGAUGACAUUUAGAAAGACGGAAUUUUUCAAAAAAGAAUGCUCAAAAUGUGGACAGCGACAUGCUUUUAAAAAUUGUCCAGCAUUCGGAAAAAUUUGUCACUAUUGCAAGCAUGCAAAUCAUUUUGCUCAAUUUUGUCCUGUUUUGAAAGUGGAUAAAAUUCGAGGCAAUUCCAACAAUAAAACGAAUAAUAUAUUUGAGUGUGAGAAGAUUGUCGAAUCGAAAAUUAAGCAGAAUUUUGAUAAUAGAAGUGGAGGUUGGAAUGAUUUGAAAAAAUCAAAAUCAACAAUUUUUGAUAAAAAUGAAACGAAAACUGAGGCAUCGACAAAAAGUGGGAUAAAAGCUUCAGCGCCUGUUUCAUCUUCUGUAGAUGUUAAAUUUCAAAGGCAGCGCGAAACUAUUUCACCGUUAAUGAAUCCAAAAAUUGAGAUAAAAGCUUCAGCGUCUGUAUCAUCUUCGGUGGAAGCUAAAAAUCAAAGACAGCAAGAAACGAUUAAUCCAUUAAUGAAUGCAAACAAUCCAGUUCGAAAAUUUGUGACGAUAAAGACUACACCUAUUAAUACACAGAUAAAUGAUCAACAAAUUUCAUCUUCAACUAAUAUUAGAGCAUCAACAUCAUUGGAUCGACCUCAAAAUGAAUGGAGAACACAGCCACCAGUGAGAAAAGAAAAUACUGAGAUAAUAAAGACUACACCUAUUAAUACACAGAAAAAUGAUCAACAAAUUUCAUCUGCAACCAAUAUUAGAGCAUCAACAUCAUUGGAUCGACCUCAAAAUGAAUUGAGAACACAGCCACCAGUGAGAAAAGCGACAAUAGAACCUCCUGCACAAACGGAUGAGAUUAAUAUAAUUCCUCCUACGUACAAUUCUUUGUACCCAGAUUUACCACCCCGAGCACCACCUGCACCUGCACCUGCUCCACGUCAAAAUGCACUACAUCAUCCCCGUUUCGAUUAUGGCCAUACUACUGAUUCUGUAAAUUCAAAUGUAAAUCCACGUUAUCGAGAAAAGCCAAAAUCGAAAAACGACACCGAUUGCACAAUUCAAUAAUAAAACAAUUUUUAUUAUUGAAUUUAAUCGACACGACUUAUUUUAAAGACAAUAAUUGCUUGGUUUGUGGAGACACUGAUUAUAUUUCAUUGGGCGAAUUAAAAAAGAAAUUUUUUUCUAAUUUCUUCUCUUUAAAUUCGAAUUAUAGUAAAAAGUCGACCACUAAUUGAAGGUCUCGAUCAAGGAACUGCUUAUAAUUUUUUUUCUAAACUAAAAAUCAUUGGAAAUUGUCCAGUAAAUCAAAAUUGAAGAAAACAUUAUUUGAUACGAAUAACCGAUUAUCUACUUGUCAAGAUCAAAUAAACAAAUGCAUUUCAAGAAAAUAUUUACUUGAAUCAAUUAAAUUACGUUUGCAUCAAAUACUGAAAUUAUUGGUUCAAAUAAACAAUUUAUUUCAUUU